UCUUGGUAGUUUCAGGCAGUGUAUCAUUCUGUCUUAUUUCAAGCUUUUUCCAAAUUUCUCAGAUUAGAGGAGGAGGCUGUUGUCCCUGUCUCUGAGAGUUUAGCCAAAAAAAAUGCCUUCCCCAUGUGUUGAUGUUUCAUAUUCUUGGAAUAUGAUUAUCUUGUCAUGUGAGUGGGGGUGAAGGUAGCAUUUUUUUUUUUAAAUAAGCCUUUUCUUGACUUGUCUGUAAAGGUUCCUGUGAAAGUUUUGAAGCUCUCUGCCUCAGUCUGACAUUUUCUUCAAAGGACUCCAGAUUAAAGGAGAUAGGCGCUGCAGGUGCACUGUUUCGAUAAAACAUUUGAAAGGGAACAUGGUAAAGAUGAAUUCAAAUGAGGUGCCAGCCACCCAUUUAGUCCUUCUGAGUUACAGGGGCCUGUGCUUGCUGAUGAAAAGAUGUUCUGUUGGUCCCACUGGGGCAAAGGUGCAAAGAGACGCAGAUCUCACUUGGUAGAAAAGGCAAUCCUGUGGUAACUUUAGGAUUCAGUGGACCACAGAAGAGUGCAGAGUGAUCACUUUCUCAGUUCCUUUUCUGGGCUUUGAGGGUCUGAGGCUAGCCACUGUAAGUCAUUGCCUGGAUAGUUACAUGAAACGCACAGCGGUAUUGAUGAGUAGAUCCUUGGGUUCAGAGGUUGGCUGAAACGCACCAUGCCUGCUUCCAUCCUUUGCUCCGGAAAGUUGUGAAUUGCUCAUGCCUAUAGGGAGGAAGGAUGGCACAUGGGAUUCCUUCUCAAGGCAAGGUUACCAUAACGGUGGAUGAGUACAGCUCCAACCCCACCCAGGCAUUCACGCACUACAACAUCAACCAGAGCAGAUUCCAGCCGCCACAUGUACAUAUGGUCGACCCCAUCCCAUAUGACACUCCAAAACCAGCGGGCCACACGCGGUUUGUCUGCAUCUCAGACACACACUCCAGAACAGAUGGUAUCCAGAUGCCUUAUGGGGACAUCCUUCUCCACACAGGCGAUUUCACCGAGCUGGGACUGCCCUCAGAGGUUAAGAAGUUUAAUGACUGGUUAGGAAACCUGCCAUAUGAAUAUAAAAUAGUGAUUGCUGGGAAUCAUGAACUGACAUUUGAUAAGGAAUUCAUGGCAGACCUUGUUAAACAGGACUACUACCGUUUCCCCUCUGUGUCCAAAUUGAAACCAGAGGACUUUGACAACGUGCAGUCCCUCCUGACAAACAGUAUUUACUUACAAGACUCGGAGGUAACAGUGAAGGGAUUCAGGAUAUACGGGGCACCUUGGACCCCGUGGUUUAAUGGAUGGGGCUUUAACCUCCCCAGAGGCCAGUCCCUGCUGGACAAGUGGAACCUCAUCCCCGAGGGCAUCGACAUACUCAUGACACACGGACCUCCUCUAGGUUUUCGAGACUGGGUUCCAAAGGAGCUUCAGAGAGUGGGCUGCGUGGAGCUUUUAAACACAGUCCAGAGGCGGGUCCGGCCCAAACUCCAUGUGUUCGGUGGAAUCCAUGAAGGGUACGGCAUCAUGACCGAUGGUUACACCACGUACAUCAAUGCCUCAGCCUGUACCGUCAGCUUUCAACCAACCAACCCUCCAAUUAUAUUUGACCUUCCAAACCCACAGGGCUCCUGAAGCUCUGAACGUCCAAGUGGAAUGUGAGGGAAGAUCUAAAAACUGCCAUUUUUCUAAUUAUAAACUUACAUUCUCUUACUUGUUUAUUUCCAGGUCCUGUGAGGUUUUUUUUUUGUUUGUUUGUAAAUUGCUGGAACACAGAUGAUGCUAGAAGUUGUGCUUCUUGUUUUUUCUUUUUUAUAAAUGGGGCGUCCAUUUGGAAUCAAAGGAGCAUUGUGAAUUUGUAAAAUGACUUCUCUUUUCUCCAAGGCCACGCCAUUGUAAAUUGUUAGUGUUCGCCAAAGGACAGCCAAGCUUUCUUUUGCAAAGGUGACAAAAGUCUUAUUUUAAUAUGCUUUAAGCUGAAAAAAAAAAAGAAAAGAAAAAAAAAAAAGAAAGAAACAGGUAGGCAGUGUUUUAAAAAAACCACCCAGAUUUGCACAACUGUUGAAGAGUAUUGUUUGAAGUAUUUUAUUUUUUGAUGUUUUUGUUGUUGUUAUUUUUCUUGGGAAUGCUUCUUAUUUUGCAGACGUGGCCCGGAUGUAGAGCAAUCUUUUCAACAAAAGUAGGCGCGGAAAAGACUUCCCUUCACUCUUACUAUAAAGAAAGCUGUGUCAAGGGAAGAAAACGGCCCUCCUUUAAAGGAUGGCUUAGCUAGUGAGAUCCAUAUUGUGGUUAUACAAGGUCUCAUUGUUUGUUUGUUCUUUUAAAUUAUUUUAGCUUUAAAAAUAUGUAAAUGGAAUCUGUCAAGAGCAAGUAUUUCAUGCAGUAAAAAAUAAAAUGAGAGUGCAGACUCCUUUUUCAAUAUGGGUUUAUAUAUAUAUAUAUAAAUAUUUUUUGUGUAUUAUGACUAAGUUAGGAGUUUAAUAUUGCCAAGGACAGUACAACUGUAAAGGGAUGCUUGAUAGCAGGGCAUCAGAAGUCCGAAGGAACUGACACAUUUUCUCAGAACUCAAGGUCUUAAAGAGCUUGAGUUAAAUCUAGGUACAGUCGCAGGCGUGUAUAGACUUAAAUGGAUGCAACGGAAGCUAACUAAAAUAAGGCUUAGUUGUCCUUUAUAUUUAAAUACCCUGAAUUGUCUUCUUACUUCCUACCCGCCCCCCCAUUUUGCACUGUGUGUCGAUGCAAUCUUCGCUAGCACAAAAUAUUGUCGCUAAUAGUCAUUUCUGUUUUCCCAUUGUAAAUGCUGUUGAGCUUUAUUCUAUUUUAUGUUAUCUUGUUAAUGAAAUUUAGGAAAGCAGUUGUUUCUUUAAAUUUAUUGUGAUAUUCUAUAUCUAGCGGCCUUUAUAUGCAAAUAAAACUGCAAGAUUUUUAA